GCGGGCAAGAAGGCGGGCGGCACUGGCGGCGUGACGCGCUCCUCCAACCCCAAGUACCUCGGCGUCAAGGUGCUCGGUGACCAGGAGUGCAAGGCGGGGAGUGUCCUCGUGCGGCAGCGCGGCAUGCGGUUUGUGCCGGGUGAGAACGUCGGGCGCGGGCGCGAUGACACGCUAUUCGCACUGACGGCCGGCUUCGUCGAGUUCCAAAAGGUC